AUGGAGCGGCUCCUGGCGCAUUACACCGGCAAGAGCACCCUCGACGCCGAGACUCUAAAGACCUUGGCCGAGUCCGUGGAGAAGAUGAAGUCGCCUGCUGGACGACCGCGCACCGGCCCGGAGGGCACGGUGACCGGGGCCGGCGGUGGUCCUGGUGCUGGUGCUGAAGCGGAUGUCACCAUGGAGCCGGACGUAGGCGCCGAGGCAGAGGUGCAAUCGCAUAGCUCCGACUCUUUCAAGGUUGACGAGAUAACGGUUCAGCCUCUGGAGAACAACAUCACACACCGCCAUGUUGACCUCCGAGCAGAUUACUCCGGCGAGUUCUCACACUGGAACUUCUCCAUGCGGAUAAAGCAAUGGAUUGAACAGUGUGUAAACGACGCCCCGGAUGGUCCAAAGACACAAUUCAAAGAAUACUACCGCCCAGAAGAACUCCAGUCCCCCUCCAACACAGUAGCCUCCCUCUCCUCCCUCCCGCCCCGCUACGUCGCAGACUUCCUCGUCCAGGCCUUCUUCAACCAUGCCGAGACGAGCUACUUCUACGUCGAGCGCCACUGGCUCAUGGACAGGCUCGACCUCGUCUACGAGAACUCGGCCUCAUUGACGCGCCGUGACGUCGGCACCGUCUGCAUGAUCCUCAUCAUCUUUGCCAUCGGUACGCAGUACGCCUACCUCGACUCCCGGAACGAGAGGGGCGGCCCGCCCAGCGCCGCCGCCGACUCGAGCCCCUUUUCGGAGGACACCAUCGGCAUCAUGUUUUACCAGCAGGCGUGCCGGCUGGUCCCCGACGUGAUUACCAUUUCGUCGCUGGAGAGCGUUCAGGCGUGUCUGCUCAUCGGCCUCUAUACGUUACCCCUCGACGCCUCGGGGCUGUCGUACGUGUACUUGAACCUGGCGGUCAAGCUCGCAAUCCAGAAUGGUAUGCAUCGGAAGCACCCCGGGGCCGCCAUCGACCCUGUCAUCCGGGAGACGAGGAACCGUGUCUGGUGGACGGCCUACACAACGGAAAAGCGUAUCGGUAUAUUCCACGGUCGGCCAGUAUCCAUCGCAGCAAGUGACGUUGACGCCGAACUCCCCGUCGACAGACCAGAAAUCUGGCCCGGUUCAGCACCGCCAAACACGGCACACAUGCUAGCCACACUCCAGCUCAACAACGCCCUCAGCAGAAUAGCUCACCAAAUAUCCCUCUUUAAAACUUUUGAAAAGAACGAAAUCCCAGAAGGCAUGGCCAAGCUCGUCGAGAUGAAAGCCCAACUCCACAACUGGUGGAACAGCCUCCCAGAACCAACCUUCAUCAAGGACCCAACCACGGGCCCCGCCGUCUUCCGCCCGACAAUGCACCUGAGGCUAGAAUACUGCCUCGUCCGCAUGUUCGCCGGCCGCCCCUUCAUCUUCCCCCGCGAAUCGGCCCACCGCGGCAGCACAGCAAGCUCCUCCGGGUCCCCCGCAGACUCCGUCGCCGUCACCGUAGUCGCAGGCGGCGGCGGCCCUUCCUCCGGUGGUGCCGGUGCCGGCCGCGCCACGACGAGCAGCUCAACCGGCAAAACAACACACCCGCGCGCCGUCCUCGUAGCAGACUGUGUCGACGCCGCCCUCCUCGUCGUAGAAACCUGCCGCCUCCUUCGCAACACGGUAGGCCUCGCCCGCGCCUCGUACACGGAAUUCUCCUCGUGCCGCGCUGCGCUGCUCGUCAUCAUCACUCAGUGCCUCCAGAAGAAGACGGACCGCCUCCGCGACGCUCUCAGAGAAGGCAUGGCGAUGCUGCGGGAGAUGUCGGCGGGCGGAGAGUCUGCGAAAUCGGAAAUGUCCCUCAUCGAGGCCUUUGAGCGCGCCAUUUCGAGGCUGGACAUGGCGGACGAGAGUAACGGUGGCGCGGGCGGCGCUGGCGGUGGUGCUUCUGGAGUGAAGGAGUCUGAUUAUGCGAGGUUUAAAAAGUGGGAGAUGUUGUGGAAGACGGAUACGCCUGCGCAAGGGCACGGGCAGGGAAAUGGUGAUGCGAGGAGCGAGAGGGAUGGACUUGAUGCCGCGGGGCUGCCGAUCCCGCCGCAUCCUGCGGGCAUAUGGCGGGGUGGAGGACACGGGCACUCUGGUGGCGGAGGAGGACAUGUUCCUCCCGGCGCGGGGAGGCAGGGUACGGCGUCGUUGCCGCCGGCGAUGCCGUUUUUCGGACUCGAUGGGAGUCUAUCGCCUAUGCCGCCUGCGCUCGACGAGUUCUCGGCCAUGUUUGGGAACGGAUACGUGCCGGGUUUCGAAGGUAUGGGCGGAAGUGUAAACGGGAACUGGAUGGGUCUUUGA